AUGCCGAACGUCAACGGAUUUACCCACGAGGACGACAUCGUCCUGGUCGACUUGAUCCGCGAACACCGCGAGCUUUACGACGUCAAGCACAAGAGGCACAAGGAUAUUGUGUUCAAGGAUCGCAUAUGGAACGAAAUAUCAAUCGAGAUUGGAAAAUCAGUUUAUCAAUGCAAGAGACGAUGGAAAAAUAUAAAAGCUUUUUACUUAAAAAAUAAAAGUAAUAUGGAAACCGGAUCAUCAGUGAAUAACAAUUGGUCAUUGUCUACUUAUGUAUCAUUUCUAGAUGAAAAUCUAUAUAGACAAAACAUUCAAAAUGAUGAAGUACAACUGGAACUCGGGGAACAAAUUUUUGAUAAGUUUUUGAAUGACGAUAAUUUAGUAUUGCCAUCUUCUUCUUCUGCUGAGAAUGCUUCUCAAUCAAAAGAAGACAAAAUAGCGGUUAUUUUAGCAGAAGGAUUAAAAGAAAGAAAUGAAAUACUGUAUAAAAGCUUGAAAAAGCAAAUUGAAAUACUCGAUAAUACUUCAUUUACGGUCACAAUUCAAUACGAACAAAAUGCCACUUCAAAUGUUCAAAGCGAAGAAUUGAAAAAUGAACACGAAGAAAACAUCGCUGAUAAUACUGUCCAUGGUGGGGAAUUUACAUUGCCACAAUUACCGGAUUCGGUAUCUUGUUAUUUAGCUGAGAAACUUGCUCAAUCGAAGGAGAGAAAUACGAUUUUACAUAAUUUGCAAAAACAAAUUGAAAUGCUUAAUAAUAAAUCAGAAACUACUAAAUCAUUGGAUUUGUUUUUUAAGAGCGUAUUACUAGAUGUUCAAGAUUUCUGUCCUCGUGCAAUUGAUGAUAUCAAACCCAGAAUUUUGAAAUGUGUCUCCGAAGUCAGACAAAUGUAUCAUAACUCAAACGUAUCACCAGAUAAUUUGUCUUGUUCUACUAGUGAAAAAUGUACCCGUCUCGACGAAGGAAAUACAAUUUUAUUCAACUUACAAAAACAAAUUGAAGUACUUAAUAGUAAAAUGGGGGUCACUAAGACAAUGGAUUUAUUUUUCAAGAGUGUAUCAGCAGACAUAGAAGAUUUCUGUAUUCGUGCCAUUGAUGAUGUGAAAAUCAAAAUUUUGGAGUGUAUAUCUGAAAUUAAAGAAAUUUAUUCUCUUUCAGAUUUAGGUUCAGUGACCUCUUCAAUAAAUGGUAACUCAACACCCAAUUAUGUACCACCACAGACUCCACCUAUAAACCUCAACAACAUGCCACGAUCGCAAACUCAAGGAUUUAUAACAUACUAUAAUGUACCUCUCUAUUGCAAUGCGCCGUCUAACUAUGUUAAUUCAUAUUAUUAG